UUCUGGUUUUUCACGUUACAGUAAUACUAACCAGUAACCAGCACGCUCUCUCUCUCUCUCUCUCUCUCUUUCUCUCUCUCGUAAUUGAAGCUGAUAAAUGAGUCCGAACAAAUGAGAAGCUUUCAGGUCCGGAAAAGUCGGUGCAAGAAGAGACCUUGUCUCUCAUGGAACACUCCUCGCACUUUCUGAGCGUCGCCGCUGUAAAUCCGGCGAAUCUCCGGCUUGGUUUCCAUUGUUGAUGUACUGGAAUGUCUGACUCCGGCAGCUCCCCGGUGGCGUAACCGAGAUCCUGUUGUACAAGGUCUCUCUCUCUGUCCUUCGCUGAGGGGUGGAUGAUCUUUUGUUGUUGCGAAACUUGCGAGAUGUUGAUUGGGCUCCGUGAUUCCUUUUAGGAUCAUGAGAAGCACUGAAAUGCAUAUGAACGGGAUGCAGCAGAGAAGAGCUCACGAUCUUGAUAAGCCAUUUCCAGGAUGCAUGGGAAGGAUGGUGAACUUCCUUGAUUUAAGCACUGGUGUGGCUGGAAACAAACUGCUUACAGAGAAACCACAUCGAGAUUGUUCUUUUCUUCCUAGAAGUCAAUCAGAAAAGUCAGAUCCCAUCAGAGACCAGAUGGACAACAAACCAAUAGGAUACGAGUUGAGGAGGGCUUAUUCAAGCAAGAAAUCAAGUGGAACACCCAUGAAGAUGCUCAUAGCCCAGGAAAUGUCAAAAGAAACAGAGUCUAAACAAAAGCCACCUGGUGUAGUUGCCAAGUUGAUGGGGCUUGAAGCACUGCCAGGACACCAUCCAGAUUCAACAGGACAGAGAAUCCAGCAAAAAGGUUGUUUACUGAAUUCUUUUACUGAACCCGAGGCAAUAUUUAGAUAUCAGCAUCAAGAAAGUGACAUCUCAGACAGGGAAAUGCAAUGUGAGAUUCAUCCAGUUCUGGAGCAUAAAGAGUACAAAGAUGUAUAUGAAGUUUGGCAGAAAUCACCGAAAGGUAACCACACUAAAGAUAAAUCUCCACAGAAGGGAAGACAAAAUGAAAAUCUGAAUGAGAAAAAGAUGGCUUUUGUACGUCAGAAAUUCACUGAAGCAAAACGCCUUGCCACAGAUGAAAAACUACACCAGUCUAAGGAAUUCCAAGAUGCAUUGGAAGUUCUGAAUUCCAAUACGGAGUUAUUCCUUAAGUUUCUGCAAGAACCAAAUCCACUAUUUUCACAGCAUUUGUUUGAACUACGAUCUAUUYCCCCACCUACUCAGACAAAGCGCAUUACAGUAUUGAAACCUUCUAAGAAUUUGGAAAAUAACAGAUUUUCCGAACUAGAGAAGAAGAGUGAAAAACAGAUAAAGAAACAAACACAAGUGUUUGAAGAAAAUGGGUGGGACAAAGAGAAGCCUUGCUGGAGUCCUGUGUACACAAAACAGAAGGUUGAUAUUUCUGCUCAACCAACACGGAUAGUGGUCUUAAAGCCUAGUCCCGGGAAUAACCAUGACAUUAAAGCCAUUGUUUCUUCCCCUCCCUCUUCACCAAAGUUGCCACAUAAUCAUGAUUUCUGUGAUGAAACAGAAGAUAACGAGGCAAUAGGAUCAAGAGAAGUGGCAAAGCAGAUCACACAGAAGAUGCGGGAAAAUUUGAACACUCAUCAGAGAGAUGACACUUUACUAUCCUCUGUGUUUUCCAAUGGAUAUACUGGGGAUGAAAGUUCAUUCAAUAGGUCAGAAAAUGAGUACGUGGAAGAGGGAAACAUCAGUGAUUCAGAAGUCAUGACUCCAACCCUAAGACAUUCAUGGGACUACAAUAGGUUUGGUAGUCCUUAUUCAUCCUCUUCUUUUAGCCGGUUAUCCUAUUCUCCAGAGUCAUCAGUUUGCAGGGAAGCAAAGAAGCGACUUUCAGAAAGGUGGGCCAUGAUGGCAUCUAAUGGAAUUAGUCAAGAACAAAUACAAGUCCAGAGAAAGUCAAGUACAUUAGGUGAGAUGCUUUCUCUUUCUGAUGCAAAGAAGCCUGCAAAAUCUGGUGAAGAAGGUCCUGAUGUGGGCUUGAGCGUCAUUAGUAGCAGAUCCUGUGGCGAUGAACAAGAUCUUAUGGCACCACCAUCAUGCUUGUCAAGUGCCAGGGAUAAGGAUGAAGGUGGGGAGGUAUCUCCAAGGAAUCUACUAAGGUCAAGAUCUGUUCCUGUUUCUUCUACAGUUUUUGGGACAAGGUUGAAUGUUGAAGUUCCAGAACCUGAUGUUGGCAAGCCAGUUGUUCCCAAGGAGUCAAAGCCAAAAGGCGGGAAGUCAACAUUCAAAGGGAAAGUUUCAAGUUUGUUUUCCUUAAGGAAUAAGAAAUCAAGCAAAGAAAAAUCUAAUGCAUCACCCUUGGCUGGCUUCCAAGGUGACUCUCAGUCUACCCCUGCUGAAAUGCCAGGGAUUGCAAAACAGCAUUCUUCAGAAAGAAGUGAUGAUGCUCCUCAAUGUGUUACUAGUAGUAGCCUUGAAGGUGGGGUGUCAUCAAGCCGUACUUCUUCACCAGCUUCCAUAUGUUUAGGAACAAAACAUGGCACUUUCAUAGACGAGGCAAUAUCUAUAGCAAACCAGGACCAACCAAGCCCCAUUUCAGUCUUGGAAGCACCAUUUGAUGAUGAUGUUAAUACAACUUCACAACCCUCUGGAAACAUAAAGUCAGAUCAACAGGCAGGGUUAUCUGUGCACCAUCACUCACUUAGAUCAAACUUAAUUGACAAAUCUCCACCAAUAGGAUCCAUAGCACGGACACUGUCAUGGGAUGAUCCUUGUUUAAUAGCAGCCAGACCAAAUUCAUUGCACUUAUCUAGGUUUGCCACUGAAGCAGAAGAAGAACAGGAAAGGUUCUUGUUUGUCCAGGUGUUACUCUCAACUGCAGGCCUGGAUUACGAGGAGCAAUCUGAUGUGAUCUUUUCCAGAUGGCAUUCAGAAGAGAGCCCAUUGGACCCAUCAUUGAUUGAAAAAUAUCUCAGCCUGAAGGAUGACAAGGAACAAUUACAUGAAGCAAAGCGCAGACAGUGGAGAUCAAACCGGAGACUGCUAUUUGAUUGUGUCAAUGCAGCCCUGAUGGAUAUCACAGGAUAUUCAUCAAAAGCAAAUCCAUGGGUGAAGGUAUCUAGCACUGUUCAAAGUAAGAUUUUGGUAGAUUCUGUAGUGACUCUGGACAAAGUCUGGAGCUGUGUGAAGGAGUGGUAUAGUAACAGUGAGGGAAGGUGUUAUUCAGAUGAAAGUGGGGACAGAAACAGUCUGGUGGUGGAGAGGAUGGUGAGAAAGGAGGUGGCUGGAAAGGGGUGGGAGGAUCUUAUGAGGUUGGAAAUAGAUACUUUAGGUAAGCAAAUAGAGGGAGAGAUUCUGCAGCAGCUUGUGGAGGAUGCUAUUGUUGAAUUGACAGGUGGAUUGUGUUGAAGCUUGUACUUUAUUUUCUUUUUUUCUCUAUUAUUUAUGUAGUGUGAUUGCUAUUUAAAAUCAUGAUAACCUCACCAACCUCAAUUUCUUUAAAUGCCACAAAUUCUCAUGUGUAUUGAUUAAA